AUGGCGGCGGUGGGUCCCGUGCAGGAGCUCUGCGAGGAGGCCACCUGCUCCAACUGCCGCGCCUAUUUCAAGGCCCCGGUGAGCAUCGCCGAGUGCGGCCACAACUUCUGCCGGGCCUGCCUGACCCGCAGCUGGGGGGAGUCGGGGGCCUCGCCCGAGCCUGCCUGCCCCCAGUGCAGAGGAAGGACGCAGGAGGGGAGCCUCCGCCCCAACCUGCAGCUGGCCAGCAUCGUGGAAAUCGCCAAGAAACUCACUCUGCAGGAGGGGAAUGAGGCCGUCGUCGCUGCUGGAAAAGGGGGAGUUUGCCAGAAGCACCAGGAGCCGCUGAAGCUCUUCUGCAAGGACGAUCAAGCCCUCAUCUGUGUGGUCUGCGACCGAUCCAAGGAGCACAGAGAUCAUGAAACCCUUCCACUUGAGGAGGCCUCCCAAGAGUACAAGGAUCAUUUCUGCAACUGUCUGGAGAUUCUGAAGAAGGAGAGAGAAGGAAUUUUGGCAUAUAAAGGAGACGUAGAGAAGGAAAGCCAAGACCUGCUUAGGCAAACCAAAGGAGUGAAGCAAGAGACGGUGGCCAAGUUCAGGCAACUGCACGCGUUUCUGGAUGAACGAGAAGAUCUUCUGCUGGCCCGGAUGGAAGAGGCGGAGAAAGAGGUGGCAAAGAAAAGGGACCAGCGCCUGGCUGAACUCUCUGAGGCAGUCUCCUCUCUGGAAAGCCUCAUCCAGGAGAUGGAGGAGAAGUGUCAGCAGCCGGCUGGGGAUCUCCUGCAGGACGUCCGAAGCACCUUGCAGAGGUAUGAAGACAAAGUGACGUUUGACAAUCCUGUGACUUUUCCUCUUGCACUGAAGUGGAGGAUCUGGGACGUCUGUGACAUCAACCACUCGCUGGAGGGUCUGAUGAAGCCGUUGAAAGACACUCUGGAUUCUGAACUUCACCUCCAGAAAGCAAAUGUGACUCUGGAUCCGGACACGGCCCACCCCAUCCUCAUCCUGUCUGAGGAUCAGAAAAGCGUGAGAGAUGGAGAAAAAGCUCAAGCCCUGCCCAGCAACCCUGAGAGAUUUGACCAGCGCUUUAUUGUCCUGGGCCGUGAGGGAUUCACAGCAGGCCGCCAUUUCUGGGAAGUCCUUGUGGGAAGAGGGGAAGGAUUCCUUGUGGGGGUGGCCAGAAAGUCGGUGAGGAGGAAGGGAGGCAUGACCUUUAGUCCUGAGGAAGGUAUCUGGGGAGCAGGGAAGUGGUGGGGCAGAUACACGGCUUUUGUAAAAGACAAUGAUCCUCCCCUCACCAUGAGUGGGGAGCUGAAGAGGAUCCGAGUGUGCCUGAACUACACUGGGGGUCGAGUGGCCUUUUUCGACGCUGACCGAGCAGCCCUUCUCUACGAGUUCUCUGGAGCCUCCUUCCCUGGAGAGACCCUCCUGCCCUUCUUUUGGGUACAUAAAAAAAGCCACCUCCAACUCUGUUAAGGCAGUCGUUUUGCUCUGGUGGCCAUUAAUAAGACAAUAAUAUUGCUUAACCGUCCUGUUUCAUAGCUCUGUGAAGGCCUUCCAUUGUGUCCCAGACACCAAAACUGACUUAAAAAGGAGUCUUCUCCAUUU